AUGAGCUGGCAUUCAUGUAGACACCUAUGAGGUCUUGAGGGAAGAUAUUUUCGCAAAGAAUUGUGGGUUCUCUCUUUCCUCCCAGGACUCGUAUCCAUCUAAUAUGGGCAAGUGCCGUGGAUUGCGUACCGCCAGAAAGCUGCGGGACCACCGCCGCGAGCAGAAGUGGCACGAUAAACAAUACAAGAAGGCCCAUCUGGGCACAGCUUUGAAGGCCAACCCUUUCGGAGGAGCUUCACACGCAAAGGGAAUUGUGCUUGAGAAAGUUGGUGUGGAAGCCAAGCAGCCCAACUCUGCUAUUAGGAAGUGCGUCAGGGUUCAGCUCAUCAAGAACGGCAAGAAAAUAACUGCUUUCGUCCCUAAUGACGGUUGCUUGAAUUUCAUUGAGGAGAACGAUGAAGUUCUGGUGGCGGGUUUCGGUCGGAAGGGUCAUGCUGUGGGUGAUAUCCCUGGUGUACGAUUCAAGGUGGUGAAGGUGGCCAAUGUGUCCCUGCUGGCCCUCUACAAAGGCAAGAAGGAGCGACCUAGGUCAUAAAUGCCAUGUGUCCAGUGUAACUCAAUAAAAUUUUGAUCUAACUUGUA